AUGUCAAGCGGAAGAAAAAGUCUAGGUCAUCAAAAGAUCGAAAUAAAAAAGAUGAGCAGUGAGAGUAACCUGCAAGUGACUUUCUCAAGACGUCGUAGCGGACUCUUCAAGAAAGUCGAUGAAUUUUGCACCCUAUGUGAUGCAAAAAUUGCUCUUGUUGUAUUCUCACCUAGUGAAAAUGUAUUUUCUUUUGGUCACCCCAAUAUUGAUACAGUCAUAGAUCGUUAUCUCUCUCGAAUUCCACCCCAAAAUAAUGACAUCAUGCAAUUCAUUGAGGCUCGUCAUAAAACUAACGUGUGUGAGAUCAAUGAUCAGCUUACUCAAAUCAAUAACACACUAGAUGUUGAAAAGAAGCUUGGUGAUGAACUGAGCCAUUUGCAAAAAGAAUAUGAGACUCAGUUUUGGUGGACUUGUUCACAUAAUAGGAUGAAUUGGAUUCAACUUGAAAUAUUCAAGAAGGCUUUGAAGGAGUUUAGGAAUCUUGUUGCACAACAUACUGAUAGACUUGUAAUUUAG